AUGUCGUUUCCCCUGCUUCCUUCACCAGACUCUCGUUCCCUCGCUCCCUCGAUAUCUCCAGACUCUCUCCUCUUUGGAGGCGAGGCGGCGGCGGGGCAGCCUUUCUCCUGUGGAUAUAUGGAGGGAGUUUUCUGGCCGCAGCCAAAGAGCCCUCUAUACCUCAAGAACCUAUCUUUCCAGAAUAAACACCAAGAAAGCCGACGUUUUCCUUCGACGGCGGCGGUCCGAAUCCACAACUCCCAUGGCCUCCCCGAUAAAGAGAGCAGUCUCCGCUUUUCCGGCCCUAAAGAAGCACAAAGUUUGCUCAUUUCUUCCGAAAACCAGAGCGCAGCUCAUGGGUUCUCCAAUAAAUCGAAAAACCUCCUGAUUUGUCGAGCGCAAGCAGCGAUUUCGGCCGACUGCCGCGGUUCUAUUGAGAGUGGAAAGAAGCGCAAGGCCUUGGGCGCGGCGGUUUUGACGCUGAAGAAGAUCAUUCCCCUGGGGCCCAUGUUCUUCCAACUUCACCAUUCUGAGGGACACCAAGGACGUGCUGGUGGUGAGCGCCAAAGGGAGCAGCGCCGAGAUUAUAACCUUCUUGACAUCGUGGGUGAACUUGCCAAUGGCGGUGGGGAUGUCAUCCAUCUAAGGACGCUGGCCGGCAGGUUUCUUGCUGCGCUCGGGGCCGAGCUUCCUUGGGCCGGUUGCGAUUCUGAGGAUUUGGAGCUUCUGGUUGUUUUAUGUCAUGGCAGAGCUAUGGAGGAACAUGGUGAUCUCAGUUCUAUUCUGGGGUUUAGCGAAUCAGGUUAAAGGGAGGCAGCCAUUGAUGCUGUUUGCAACCUAUUAGGAAAGUCAAGAUGUGCCCUGAUCCAACAGUUUGUGAUUUUGACGUUUGGAUCUCUUGCAAACUCGACUCCAUACCUUAGAGAAAUACUCGGGCAAUUGUUCCUGCAUGGACGGGUAUGGCAAAGUCUUUGGAUUCCCAGUUUUCUCUCUUGGCCAAGGCAGAACUUGAGCAGGAAAAGAGAGUGAAAAAAGAAUGGAAGAAUCAGUGCUCAAGAUGGCCUGAAGAGGGCACUGAUGGAUAAAUGGCGAAUACAAAGGUGCAGAGAAUUGAAAAUGCUUCUGUCCUUGAAAGUUUGGCGAGUAAAGAGUCAUCAAAUGUGCAGGAUUUGAAGCAGAAAUUAGCUGCUGUGACAAUUCUCUGGAAAGCUCCACUCCUCGUCUUCAAUAAAUUUACUCUCUGGAAGUUAUAAGCAGCAUAAGCGGUGGGGGCUUAUAAGGUAAUAUUAGCGGUGCAACCUCCUCUUUUAUCCCUUUUACCAAAGGUGAAUCUAACAUGACAGAAACAGGCUUUCGAAUGCAUAUUAAUUUUUUUAUCAGGUGAUAAACUGGUUUGUUCUAAUUUUCUGUUGCUGUUCUAUUUCUGAAUGUUUGUUCUUGAGCUCAUGAGGAAUUAUAUGUAGGUUUACUAGUAAUUUGUUGUUCCUGUUAUUGACAAUUAAUGUACAGUUUGCCAGUUUUUGCAACUGUUAUUUUACUGAACCAUUCAGCUCAUUUGUAACUCUUUAUGAAGAGUUCAAAGGGGCAUCUGGAUGGUUGCUUUGAAAUAUUAUACUACAUAGAUGAAUUAUUU